AUGCCAGAUGGCGCAACUGCGCAGGCACUGAGCUGCGGCAGCACCGCGCAGGCGCCAGAUUCAGGAACACCAAGAGGGUCAGCAGUGCGUCGGACAGCACUCCCAGCGCAGCAGCAGUGUCCUUCAGGGUUUCCAGCAGGGGCUGGAGGCUUGAACUCUGGCAAAGUAGGAUAUAAUAUGCAGAUCACCAAAAGUCCUGAUUGUUCUCCUUCCUUGACCUUGACACAGGUGAUCAUCUUGAACCAUCCAGGCCAGCUCUCGGCAGGCUACACCCCAGUGCUGGAUUGCCACACAGCCCAUAUCUCCAGUAAGUUUGCUGAGCUGAGGGAGAAGAUUGAUCGCAGGUCUGGCAAGAAGCUGGAGGAUGACCCCAAAGCUCUGAAAUCUGGAGAUGCAGCCAUUGUCCAGAUGAUCCCUGGCAAGCCCAUGUGUGUGGAGAGCUUCUCUGAAUAUCCCCCUCCCUCUUGGAAUGACAGAGCAAAUACAACUGAAACCAAUGAAACUGGAUAAGCAUCCGUAUGUUAGUAUUUCUAAUCAACAUGUAUUAUUGAUGACUAAGAUUUAUUAAUAUGUUUACAGACUUCAUGUGCUUUGCUUCAAGCGGUAAUUGAGUAUGUCCUUACACACACUGCAUAUUACAUAUACGCCGUUGGUUCAUUUUACAAUCUCUGUUUCUGCUAUGCUAUUGUAUCUUUACUAUUAUUCCAAGAAAGUAUUUAAGUGGAGAUGCAUGGAGAAUUGUGGAU